AUGCUAAGUAGUUUAAAUCAAAAUAAUGGAAAUCAGCAAAACAUUAAUGAUGAUUCAUUGAAUGACUUCGACAGAGAAAACACUGAUUUUUAAAACAGAGUAACCUAGCGAACAGGGCCAGAUACCCAAUAAUCUACACUGAGAAAAAGUAAAGAUAUUACUUACUAAUUGAUUUUAGUUCUUUAUCAACCUAUCAGUAUCAAUUAAAUAUUUAGCGCGAUGCCGGCUGAGGUUAGUUUUAGAGGGUUUGAAAUCCUAAAGACCCAUAUUUAGAAAGUUAGAAUUAUGAACAACUCUGAUAAACCUUAAAGACUGGUUGUCUUAGCACCAUCAACUCCAAAUUUUAAAAUUAAAUACGGAAAAAAGGCAAAACUUCCUCCUGGAAUAGGAGAGGACAUUUAUGUUUAAUUCACACCUAAUGAAGAAUUUAGGCAUUACAGUGACAUUAUCCGUAUUCAUUGUGAUAAUGAUAAAAUGCUAAUACCACUUCAUGCAUAUCCUGUGAUCAACAAUAGAGUUGAAUAGCUUUUCCCUCAACAAAUAGAUCUAGGUUCCUAUCUUAAAGUAGAUGAAACCUAUACAAAGGUAAGAUUAGAUAUAAACUUAAAAUAUUAAGACUCCCCACUUGGGGGAGAUAUACCUGGCUUGUCUACAGUUUAUAUUGAUGUUGUCUAUACUCCUACUACAUUUACUCAUGCUGAAUGCGAAGUUAUUUUUAAGACAAAUGAAUUCAAUAAUCAGCCAAUUACUUGUAAAAUAGUAGGAAACGCACUACCUUCAAAAUUAGAUGUAUAAGAAGCCUUGAAAAAAAUAAACAAUAAGGUGUCUUAAAGUACCCCUACAAAAUAAGUUGAUUUUUAGAUAAAAAGGACUAAUAAUAGAAUAGUUGUAACAGAUAAAAUAGAGGCAAGAUCAUCUUCUAAAAAUGGUGUUAGACUUGACAAACUAGACAAUGAGGCUAUAUAAAAACUAAAUUAUAACUAGCCUGACUAAGAUUAUUAAGAAGAGGAGUAAAAAUUGUUAAGGAGUACUAUGGCGAACCCAGAAGAACUAUAAUUUUUAAAAGACUACAGAAAGCUGGAGGAACUUGAGAAGGAUAAGUAUACAAAAUUCUUUAUUUGCAUUGGUGAUCCGAAAGUGACUCCUUAAUUUAGAAGCAAAAUCAAGGACUAUAGAUAGCAUUAAUUUGUAAGAUAAGUAUUAGUGUAAAUUUAUUAGGAAAAAAAAUUAGAUAAAAUUAGAGAGAGAGAUGUUUAGAGGUUUGCUCCUGCUAUUGAUUAUGAUUAAGUAUGCACAGAUGUUGGAUUAUACCUAGAAUAAGGUCCUAAAUGGGAAAUAGUUUAAUCUAAUCAGAUUGCUACUAGAGUUAAACUUGUUGGAGUUUUUCAAAGAUCGUGCAACAUUAUGAUAAUCAGAAUGAGAGCAGGAAAAAGACUAGAGAAGAUUAAGAAUCGAUUUAAAGAUGAAAAAGUUAAAAAUAGGGAUGAUGUAAAGAGAAUGGUUGCAGAAGAUUGGAAGACAGCAUAGAAUAUUAGAUUAAAAGAAGAGGAUAGUGAGGAGGGGAUAAUCCACGUCAAAUUUAAAUUUAGCUUUCAAGAAAUGAAUAUUUAAGUUGCCCAAAUGAAGCUGCCGAUUGAAUAUGAGAUGAAUUUGCAUGUAAUUCAAUAAGCUGUAGAGCCAAGCCCACCAAUAAAUUUUGAUGAUAUGGUUCCAUAUGAUUCUGUUGAUGUGCUUGAUUAUGAAAUUCACAGAUAAAAGAAGAUCUAGAUUCCUCAUGUAACGUUUUAUGAUGACUAUGGCCACGAUAAAAUGUACAGACCAGGUUGCGAAUACGAGAGUAUUCUAAGGUAAAAAUGUGGUGAUCAUGAACUUGAAGAAAUUAUUCUUGAAAUGAAGAAUUCAUAAAAUACUGACAUAGAAAGAAGAAAUGUGAUAUCAGGAGCUGUAGUAUUUAUGCCAAGAUCAUUUCUGUUUCCAAUUGAUUAUCCAGUAAUCCUUGUGCUAAGUUGGCAUCCUAUUCUGAGGAACUAUAUAAGAGUAAAUGAAUUCGUUGAAACUGAUGUUGAAUAUUAUAUUUUCCCUUAAGAGAUUAAGAGGCCUGAAAUAAGAGAUGAAAUCUAUCUUAGAAAUUUUAAAAUGACUGAUAAUGGCUAUAAGAUUAUCAAUGAUAAUCACACAGUAGGUGGAGCAUUUCUAAAUACUUUAGAUGUUAUUCCAUAAGUACUUCCUGGAAACUUUGGUUUAAGAUAAAUUGAAUAAUAUAAUACUGAGCGAUCUAGAUUUUACAGACCUCGAAGGUCAGUUUAAAUAGCUCAGGUAUGCUUGGAGUCAGUAUUUAGAUAUCCUGAAGAAUUAAUUGCUCCUGAUAAAGUAGAUUUUCCUAAUAGUGAGGGAGAAGAUGAGGGAAGAGAUGAACCAUUUAGUAUUAAAAUUCCUGAUUUAAGUGAUCUUGUUAACGAAUUUGAAAAAGAUGAUGAUUUUCUGUAUAGAUAAAAAGAAAAUGAAAAGCAAAAUAUUAGGGAUAUUAUUUUAUAAGGCUUUGAACCUGAAUUAAGACAUCAUAUUACUGAUAUAAAUGGAGAAAAGAUUAAGGAAUUUGAUUAGUUGAUUUUUAUUAAUGGUAUAUUUACUUUUUGA